AGAGAGAGAGAGAUAGAUAGAUAGAAAGAGCGAGAGCGAGGGAGUUCUUGAUUUUGUCAGAAUCCUGCAACUCCUCAGGAUAGUUCGUACCGACGAGGAUCGAUGUUUACCAUUAAUUUCUGAUAUUAAUCCAAUUGUGGAAACUCGGAAAUUUACCACUUUGAUGAGUUCGCCUCAUGUCGCACCGCGCAAUCCGAAGAACUUCUGGGAUGGUUUGGGCGAGUGCUUGAACCACAGUAGUGAUUCGGAUAAUACAACGCGUUGUAGUCGAUCUUGUGACAUUCCAAUGGGGUCGCAAUUCACCACCCCAGGGUCCAGCACCUUUUCCGUCAUCUUGGAUCCAGGAAAUGUUGAGGAGAAGCCUAACGAUACGCAACGAGAGGUUGUCUACUUAAGACAAUCAACGGCGAAAUCUGACGGACGGAAUGUGAAUUACAGCGGAGAAAAACGCUUCUCAACAACCGGAAAACGAAUAUCAGGUUAUCCGUCUUCCACUCGCAUUCUGCUCGACAUUCCCUGUCGUGUCUGCAAAGAUCAUUCAUCUGGAAAGCACUACGGUAUCUAUGCUUGUGACGGAUGCGCAGGAUUUUUCAAGCGUUCUAUUCGACGUAAUCGUCAGUACGCCUGCAAGAAUCGCAGUUUGAAUGGGUCAAAGUUGCCUUUCGGCGGUUGCAGGAUAGACAAAUCGCAUCGCAACCAGUGCAGGGCUUGUCGAUUGAGAAAGUGCCUGGAGGCUGGCAUGAAUAGAGACGCUGUGCAACACGAACGUGGGCCGAGAAAUUCCACACUCCGUCACCAAGUCGCUGCGUACCUCCAUGAACGAUCCAAACCUUCUUGCCCAUCCGAGGGAUGUGGUGGCCAGAUGGAGUUGGGACUCUCGGGUACACAGGGCUCCCGAUCGACAACAUCGAGGUUACCGGCUGCAUCAACUCGUUUUGUUUUGGACUCUUUGUCUUAUGCGUCUCCCAGUCAACUGGACUGUGUUGAAAAACCUUCCGCCACAUCAACGCUGAACACACCAGACAGUCAAAUAGAAUUUAAUUUCUUGAGAAGUAAUCCAUAUCACCGGUCUGAUCCUACAACAUGCGGCCGUUCACGGCUGUCGGACGGUCAAAUACCGGAUGGUCUGCGACAAUUGGGGUGUUCGCGCUACGCUGAUCUCGGCAUCUCAAAUGAAUUCAUGAACUUCAUUGCACAUAAUUACAGACCCUCAAUACAAUGCUCCAUAACGACGUCGUCACUACUGGAUUUAUCUAUCAAGCCCGAGCCUUGCAAAGCCGAAAGUCGCAGCACUUCAGGUGACUCUUGCCUAGAUGCUGGGCGUCGUAGCUCCACAUUCUACCCCACCUCACCAGCAAUGAAGGAUGCAGGCCUCAAGGAUACAACAGAUCAGGUUAUGUCCAGUUUGCUCCCACAUGGUUCAGACAGGCUGCCAUCCUCAGAUAUAAAUGCAACCAAGAUAAAUUUAUGCAACAUAUUUGGCGUGAAUGGUCAGCCCCGCAACGAGGACACAUAUCGAUGGCUUCUGGAAACUGGCUCCAGCUCCUUUCUGUACCUUCAGGCUUAUCUUAAUCAGUUUAUGAGACCACAGAUGUCUCAGGAAACGCUGCAACGGUGGCCGUUGGCUUCGAGUUCCAGUACAUAUACCCAAUAUAGCACACUAGUUUCCUCGCCACUUCCAUCAGUCUCAAGCAUAACGCCUGUCCAGAGACAUUUUCAACCCAAUACUCAGUCCACAGGAAGCACAAGGCCAGAUUUCUUUGGAUCCAAUGGUGAAGAACCAGCCAUUGACGUGACAGGUGUCACUGUCAACCACAACACACCCGAACAAUCUGCCGAUCAGACUGACCGUUCACAGGAUGUUGUAGCUUUCGCCUCACAGCAGUUGUUCCGCACCAUCACGUGGAUUGGCACCAGUCGGCCGGAUCGACAACUGCGGGAUAGUGCGUUAUGCCUCAAUCUGACAUCCAAACAGCUUUCGCUUUUGGCUACUCGACACUGGGAAUUCCUGUUUCUGACCAAUACCCUAGAGGCCAUUUACGAAACAGUGAAAGCAGAGAACAAAUCGGAAGGUUCCUUGAUGAAUCAAAGUAGAACGCAACGAUUAAACGAACUGUGGUCUCAGUUUAUCAUCGCUCCUAUUUCUCAAAGCAGGACACAUCAGAACGGUUACGGUGCCUCAUCUCACCUUCUGCACAACCACCUACUGCAAUCGCUGCUGUCUCAAAUUGUGCUAGUGGACCCGAAUGAAAAAGAGUUCAACUGGUUGAAAACAGUUGCAUUGUUUGGUGCUCCGGCUGAUUUCUGUUCAACGCUAAAGGACACCGAUGAAGUUGCAAUCCAUUCGUCUGUUCUCGAACAGUUCCAGCGACGAACGCAGCAGUAUGCGAACUCUACUCUUCGACUGGACAACUCACGACGUGAUCAGUUACUGAUGCUUUUCGGAAUGUUGCGAUUACUCCACCAAGCAAUGUGCAUGGACAAUCUCCCUCGGAUGCGGCAGUAUUUUGAGUCUACUCUUCAUAUACCUCCUUCCCAAUUUGAGUCGCUAAUAUACAGCAUGAUUUUCGCAGCCGUAGAAACAGCCACUAUGUGCGAACCCAUAUAGUAAACACUCUCAAAAUGACAGAGAUGUACAGUUGUACAGAUCAAUUGUGAUGCCUCUCUUUCAAAUUAUGCAGCUAGACAACUUGAAACAAUUAUUUGCGCAGCAGUUGGUUAUGUUAUUCUUUUUACAAUUCACUCACAUGCAGAUAGAAAAGAUUACCAUAGACUAAUGUACUUUUUGCAUUC